CCGCCUGUGUUUUAACGGUGCCUCUCAAACUUCAGCCCGUUCUUCAAUUUCUCUCGUCGGAGCCGUGUAUUCGUCCCGCGCGCCCACGUUCUCGCAUGCACUCGCUCUUGGACUCUCUCCAACGUGCCGUCCGCCAUUUUGCCGCGAUCUUUGAGCCCGCCAGCGACCGUGCGUACUGCGUCGGGGCCCGCGAUCAAAUGUGAAAGUCCGCCGUCGUCGCGAUUGGCCGCGAUCGGCGAGCGCGACGUGCACGACGGGGUUCAGUGCGCCUGCUCGACACGAGAUACGAAUCGACGACAUCCGUUGAAAGGCGCCUGCCUCCCUCCCCUCCCUCUCUCUCUCUCUCACUCUUUCACCAUCAGUGCACCACCGAUUUUUCUACGCGCCUGCCUGCACCUCCUCGCCAGCCAGUGUGACUCAUAAUAACACGGAUGUCAGUGCGCGGCACGUGAGUGGACGAUCGUAUCAUCCGCAGCGACCCGGAGACGUUGAAGGAUCGGCGAACAGCAAGACCGCACCAGCCCUUCGACCAUCCCCGACGGCAAUGAUGGAUAUAGACCCGCCGGAGUUUCUGUCCAAGGACGACGAGAUUCAGUAUUGGAUGGAUCUUGCGAACCAACUGCUACAAAGGAAAGAAGAUGUCGAACGGGAACUGGAGGAGUUCCAAGAGAACUCGCAGAUGCUGGAGAAGGAGCUGGAGACCUCGCUGGAGCAGGCGGAGAAGACGAAUAGGGAACUGAGGCAGAGAAACACGAGGCUCGCCACGGAGGUGGAACAGUUGAGAACUCGAUUGGAUCAGCAGUCUACGGAUUGCGCCAUGUUCCAGGGAAAGGCGCAGGAUUUGCAGCAACAGCAGGAGCAUCUACUGAAGUAUAUCAGGGAGCUCGAGCAAAAGAAUGACGACUUGGAAAGAGCACACAGGAUAAACAGGGUCACGGAAGAGGAAAUAGAAGCUAAGUUUAAUUUAGCUAUAGAGAAGAACGCUCUGCUCGAGUCGGAACUCGAUGAGAAAGAAGGCCUGAAAGUCAUAGUGCAAAGACUGAUGGACGAAGUUAGAGACUUGAAGCAGGAGAUACAAGUACACGAGAGACAUCACGCCGACAAUAACAAGUCAGCUGAGAGAGUUCGCAGCAUCGUCGAUAGUAAUAAGCUACAGGCCGAAUUGGAGUCGAAUUCACCUGCCAGCCAAAUAGUCCCACAGACCAUACCUCAGAAUAAUACGACGACUUCACCGAUAAAAAUUGGACACGGGAUGGUAGGGGGUGUUAUUGGGAACAACAAUAACAAUAGCCAACCAUUGCCACCCUGCACUAGAAUACUGGCAAUGAAUAUGAUUGGUGACCUUAUGCGAAAAGUCGGGGCUUUGGAGAAUAAGCUGAACACGUGCAGGAACGCUUUUCGAGAAGAUCAAGUCACCCGCGAUCUCUACAGAGCUAGACGACAGGUCCGAAGCCCAGCCACGGGGAACAACAACCACAUACGAUUGUAAGCGAGUAUAAUGGAAGGGAUGUAUUUGUCGCAGCGACCGUGUGUCCGCACGUCACGCUGCGAGUCCCGCUAUUAACGUUAAUCGGAAAUUGUCCCGAGUGGAUUCGAGUUUCGUUAAGUUAAUCACCGAGUGGCGGCUCACGCAACAUUUGGAAGGCGCCGUCGUGCCUCGGCCGUACGGAAACUCGUAUACAGGGACGCAAGACGGUAAAUUUUCACGUAGAUAUUCCUCGAACGUACCGAGUUUCCCCGGUAGCGACGCUCCGUUCCCCCGGCGUUAACGAUAUUCGUCGCCGAUAUCUCAUUAGGAAACCUCGAGUAGAAUAAUUGUAACGGCACGUCGAUGAAUCAUCGCUGUAAUAUCAGAGUUGUUCCAAGUACGAAAUGGAUACUUGGAGCGACGGCUGUAAUUAUUGCGAGCGAUAGUUUCUCAGCGAUACCGACACAACUGUCGUUAACAAGGGCGUGUAAUAUCGCUGCUGUACACGCGGCGCUUCCGUUUCGGCAUAACUGCCGCGAUAAACGAAGAGUAUAUUUUAUUAUGUACGAAAGGGGGAAACUUGCGCGCGCGCGCGCGGAUAAACUUUUUGUCGCUGUAACGACGGGAAAUCCAUUGGUACUGACAACUUCAAUCGACCUCUCUACUACGCUAACAUUCAAGCCUACGCUACAUUAAUAUGAUGAAUAUGUAUGUGCGAUCGUCACGCACAGCAACGUGCAGUCGUAUAGCAAAGCGACGAUUAAUUGUCAUGCAAAUAUAAUCGAGAAUAACGAGGUAAAAGUAACAAAGUAAUCGUUACUUGUAUCCGAAUAUUUAUACAUGUAUAUCUGAAUCAGGUACUCUUCUUCUCCUUGCAUCAAUCGCCGUCGAGACGUUUUCUUUGUUAACCGUUUAAAAAGUUGGUACGAAAAAGAAGAGGCAAUUUGUAAACACAAGGGAAAAGUUUGAGGCAAUGGAAUGAUUAAGCCACGUGAAAAUCUUAGCGCUCGCGCUCUUUUACGAGGUCGAUGGCCUCAAUGAAUUCUUACAUUCUGACCGGGGAUGACAUUAAGGGACAGGCAUAGACGUUGCAAAAUAUAAAAUAACAGUUUACGACUCGUGGAACUCUUUCAAAUUGUUCCCUCACUAAAUUUGUGACUUGCUGUAUUAUUGCCUCGGGCACUUCGCGUGCGUUAAGUAUAGGUGUAGCAGUGAUGGAGGAAUCAUUAUUUAUUAAAAGCGAGAUAUUUGUGACGUUCAUAGGUGAUUACGAGUAAUAAUUUAUGGAUUUAAUAAUUUUAACGCGUAUAGUAUAAUUUGUAUUUAUCGUUGUCUAUAAAUAAUUAGUGCGUAUACUUUGUAAAAACGUGUACUUUUUAGCGCUCCAAACGUAUUUCUACAUGCAUAAUUCUUCUAUUUUUUUAAUGUUCCGUAAAAAUAAAAUUCCUUAAUUGGAAAAAGUAAUUACUUUUUUUGCGACGAACGAUUGGAUUAAUUCCAAUAAUUGUAUAAGCUUUUUAUAACAGAGGCUAGCAAGAUUGCGACUGCGCCGAAUUUAGUUCUAAAAAAGAAAAAUCUAAAGUUUAGUUCUUUAAACUGCAUCACGCGGGAAAAACGAAUCGCCGGCAAAGUAUUUAAGAAAAAAAUUGUUAUCUCUCGAAUAGAAAAUCACAAUCUCGAAUUGUAUUAUUAUGAGAAUAUGUGAAGUUCACUCAAUAAAAUCCCUUAAUUUAACGACGCACA